GCCGUCGCGAUGACGUCACCGCGCACAGACGGUGAUGGCGGAUGUUACCGAGAUAGACACGAUGAAGCACUUCCACGGCGGUUUCGAGAAAAUCGACAAAGAAAUGUGCCGUUAUCCGCACUGCAUCGUCUGGACUCCCAUCCCGGUUCUGACGUGGUUCCUGCCCUUCAUUGGUCACAUGGGCAUCUGCACAUCCACCGGUGUGAUCAGGGAUUUCGCAGGACCUUAUUUCGUAUCAGAGGACAACAUGGCGUUUGGAAAACCAACAAAGUACUGGAAGCUGGAUAAGAAUAAAGUGUACGGCGGCGGAGCGAACGCCUGGGAUUUAGCCGUGCAUGAGGCGUCCGAGGUGUACAAAACCAGAAUGCACAAUCUGUGUUGUGAUAACUGUCACUCUCAUGUGGCCAUGGCUCUAAACCUCAUGCGCUACGAUAACAGCUCGUCCUGGAACAUGGUCAACCUCUGCCUGCUGACCUUCAUCCACAGCAAACACGUCAGCUUUGUGGGGUUCCUGAAGACCUGGCUGCCUUUCCUGAUGAUUUGUGGGGUCAUCGUCACCAUCGCCCUUGCUGUCAACCUGCGAUGACUGAGGCUGGAUGAGGAUCUCAGCAAACGCUGAGAGAGAUGCUGUUUACACCUCAGGAUCACGGCUGAAUACAGAGACCUCUGUGCAUCUAAUGACACGAGACACAGACUGUCAGUACCAUGGCAAAUAAGUCAAUUACAGGGACUUUUUCCAUCACAUAAGCUUUUGCAUUUGAUAUAUUUGUAAUAUAAUCAUAUCACUAUGUGGAUAGGGCUAAAUAAAACAUGGCAGCAGUUUCCUGUCAAAAUGAUGAGAAUUUUGAACUCUUUGCAUUUAAGUCGAUUUUCAUCAGUUGUUUUAAAUGAUCCUGAAUGUUCACAGGAGUAUAUUGUUUUACAUUAAUGGGAGUCUGUAAAUUUGUUUCAUUUCAGGUUCAUUCCUUUUGAUUUUUUUUUAUGUUUACAUCUUCAUUUAUAUUAUAUGACCAAAUACAAAAGUAUACCAUAAUGCUUGUCCUCAUUUUUUAAUGUUUGUCCUCACUUAAGAUGCACAAAAUAUAAUAUUGUUAAGAAAGCAAGCACACACGUUUUUGUGCCACUGGACUAUGGAAGCCUGUUUCCACCACAAUUUGGACUUAUUUCCUACAAUUCCAAGUUUACAUGACAAUUCUUAUAUCGUGCAUUCCGUCUUGCAAUUCUGUUUUUUGUUUCUGCCACAGAAUUAAAAAAUAAAAAAGGUACUUUUGACUUUUUCUGAGAGAAAAUGUAAAACUGCAAGAUAUAAACUUACCAUUCUGAGAAAAAGUUUGAAUUUUGAUAUAUAAACUAUAUGCAAUUGACUUUUUUUUUCUCAGAAUUUUGACUUCACAUCUUGCAAUUGUUUUUUUUGUUUCCGCCACA